AAAAGAUUGUGAGCCAGAUAUUAGCAUCACCUGGGAAUGAAGUUCAGCAUGUCUAGGAGAGUGCUAGGCCCAGUACUACUGGGCUUUUUACAUGUUAUCCCAUUUAAUCCCCACAACUAUCCAACAGAGUCUAUUUCAUACCCAUUCUACAGGUAAGAAAAAUAAAAUUUAGGAGGUUAGGUGGUUGAUAAAUGGAGGAGUUGAUAAUUUGAUCUAAAUUGGUCUGGAUUAAAAGCCCAUUCUUCCUUUAUACCAAAGUUUAUCCCAUAACCAGAUAGAAAUGGAAAUUGUCUUCUAAUUCUUAAAUAGGUUAUAGUUACCAUGGGAGUAAUCUCCCCCUUGCACUGACUCAAGCCACAUGCUGAAGAUGAUGUGUUAUGAACAAGGCUGAGACCAGGAGACCGGGCUUCUGGGCUCGGCUCUGUUUCUAGCUAGUAAGUUUGCACACUAUCUCUAUAGGUCUCACCUUUGUCCCUGUAGAUCAUUAUCAGAGCUAUAUUCUAUAAGUUUAAGGACAAUUAUUAUGGCUCUUUUUAUAUUAGUAUCUCCUGUAUGCUCAGCGCUUGAUAGGUUAUCUCUAGUACUUACACUAGGAUACAGAUUGUCACCAAUUUAGAAGUGAAAAAGCUGAGGCCUGGAGAUUGCAAGCAACAUGCCUAAUACCUCUCAGUCCACAAAAUGGCAAAGCUGAGAUUUCUCCUGAAGUGUGUCUUACUCUAAAGCUCAUGUUCUUGCCAUCUUACCAGCUGCCUCAUCCUCUUCUAUAGCCUCAUGGUGGAUCCCGUUUACAGGUGCAUAUGGUACCAUAUGCUGGUAUUUAUCAAACUUUCAAAACCUGAAUCCAGAGUGAGGCAUGCAUUUUAUAUUGAUUUCGAGAAGUGUGCACACACACAUUUGCAUGUGAGUACCAUGUACAUACUGACAUCACUCAAACAAGUUUUAUGAAAUAAGGCUUUUGUUUUCUGCUUGCUGUGCCUUGGCUUUCUUUUCCUUUUCAAUUCAGUUUAGUCAGUUUGUGUUAAUAUGCUCGUUAAACUCUAAUGAAUUGAUUUAACCAUCCACCGAUGGGUUGUAGCCCUCAGUUUGAAAAGCACUGCUGCAAAUUAUAUGCCUACCUUAAUUUCUUGAUAUGAUUACCCCAAAUCUUCUAUUCUCCUUCUCUCCUUAUUUUUUAAUCUCUGAAUUUAAUGAAGACUAUCUCUCUGAUUAUAUAUGUAAUGGUGUUAAAUCUAAAUCAACCCUCCCGCCGCCACAUGGCAACGACCUUUCUACCAAGUGGGAAACUAUUUUAUAACUUUGUUCUGAGAGAAGGAAAAAAAAUAUGUAUUUUUUUCAUUUGAUGAAAAUGCUAAUAUAACAAAAGAGGGAGAAAGAAGUGACAUUUGUGUUUCCUUGGCUUGAGAAGAUGAGAAUGUAAGGCCAGGAAACACAGACAAGUUGAAAUGUAGCCUGGGGAGGGACUGUGGCAAUAGACUUACAGUAAAGGAAAAGUAAAAUGAUUUCUUAUUCCAACUCUGCCAUUCAGCAUUUAUUGGACUCCUUCGUGUGCCAGGUGCUUACAUCAUGCCGAGCCUUCCUUGUAACAGCGCGAAUCCCCACCAAGCUUGAGUUAACCUUCAGCUACUUGGAGAUUCAUGGCGUCAUCUGCAGCAAGUCAGCUCAGAUGGUUGUGGAAACUGAGAAGUGCAACAUCUCCAUGAAGAUGGCAUCGCCCGAGGACGUGAGUGAGGUGCUGGCUCACAUAGGCACCUGCCUGAGGAAGAUAUUUCCUGGCCUCUCUCCAGUGAGAAUCAUGAAAAAAGUCUCCAUGGAGCCGCCUGAGCGCCUGGCUAGUCUCCAGGCUCUGUGGGACAGCCAGACCGUGGCUGAGCAGGGCCCCUGUGGUGGAUUUUCUCAGAUGUAUGCCUGUGUUUGUGACUGGCUUGGAUUUUCUUACAGGGAAGAAGUACAAUGGGAUGUGGAUACAAUUUAUCUUACCCAAGACACCAGGGAAUUGAAUUUACAAGAUUUUAGUCACCUUGACCACAGGGACUUAAUACCUAUCAUUGCUGCUCUGGAAUAUAAUCAGUGGUUCACAAAGCUGUCCUCUAAGGAUCUAAAACUGUCCACUGAUGUCUGUGAACAGAUCUUGAGGGUGGUGAGUAGGUCCAAUCGACUGGAAGAAUUGGUGUUGGAAAAUGCUGGACUUAGAACAGAUUUUGCACAAAAACUGGCCAGUGCUCUAGCGCAUAAUCCCAACUCAGGACUCCACACAAUUAACCUUGCUGGCAACCCACUGGAGGAUAGAGGUGUGUCCUCUUUAAGUAUUCAAUUUGCCAAACUCCCGAAGGGAUUAAAGCAUUUAAAUUUAUCUAAAACCUCAUUAUCACCUAAAGGGGUGAACAGCCUUUCUCAGUCACUCAGUGCCAAUCCAUUGACCGCCUCUACCCUUGUCCAUCUCGACCUCUCAGGGAACGUCCUUCGUGGAGAUGACCUCUCACACAUGUACAAUUUUUUGGCCCAGCCAAAUGCCAUUGCUCAUCUGGAUUUAUCCAAUACCGAAUGUUCCCUGGACAUGGUCUGUGGAGCUCUUCUCCGUGGAUGCCUUCAAUAUUUAGCUGUGCUCAACCUCUCCAGAACUGUCUUCUCUCACCGGAAAGGAAAAGAAGUACCUCCAUCUUUCAAGCAAUUUUUUAGUAGUUCUCUGGCUUUGAUGCACAUCAACCUUUCAGGCACAAAACUGUCUCCUGAGCCCUUAAAAGCACUGUUAUUGGGCCUGGCUUGUAAUCAUAACUUGAAGGGGGUUUCUCUGGAUCUCAGCAACUGUGAGCUUGGCCAUUGUCUGAGAUCAGGAGGUGCUCAAGUAUUAGAAGGUUGCAUUGCUGAAAUACACAACAUCACCAGCUUAGACAUCUCCGACAAUGGUUUAGAAUCUGACCUAUCUACCUUAAUAGUGUGGCUCAGUAAAAACAGAUCAAUACAACACCUGGCAUUAGGCAAAAAUUUUAAUAAUAUGAAAUCCAAAAAUCUGACACCUGUAUUGGACAACUUAGUACAGAUGAUUCAAGAUGAAGAAUCACCUCUGCAGUCCUUGUCCCUGGCUGACUCGAAACUCAAGACUGAAGUCACCAUCAUCAUCAAUGCCCUGGGAAGCAACACCUCCCUGACCAAAGUGGACAUUAGCGGGAACGGAAUGGGGGACAUGGGAGCGAAGAUGCUGGCCAAAGCACUGCAGAUCAACACUAAGCUCAGGACUGUAAUAUGGGACAAGAACAACAUCACUGCACAAGGCUUUCAGGAUAUAGCUGUUGCUAUGGAAAAGAACUACACAUUAAGAUUUAUGCCAAUUCCUAUGUAUGAUGCUUCUCAAGCCCUAAAAACAAACCCUGAAAAAACAGAAGAGGCUCUGCAAAAGAUAGAAAACUACCUGCUACGAAAUCACGAGACUAGAAAAUACCUUCAAGAGCAGGCUUACCGCCUGCAGCAGGGUAUUGUCACCAGCACCACCCAGCAGAUGAUUGACAGAAUAUGUGUGAAAGUACAAGAUCAUCUCAACUCCUUACGAAAUUGUGGGGGAGAUGCUAUCCAGGAAGAUUUAAAAUCAGCAGAGCGGCUCAUGCGUGAUGCUAAGAACUCUAAAACGUUGUUACCAAAUUUAUACCAUGUUGGUGGUGCAUCUUGGGCGGGAGCUAGUGGCUUGUUAUCCAGUCCAAUUCAGGAAACCCUGGAAUCAAUGGCUGGAGAAGUUACAAGAGUAGUAGAUGAACAACUAAAGGCGUUGCUUGAGUCCAUGGUUGAUGCUGCUGAGAAUCUUUGUCCCAAUGUGAUGAAAAAAGCCCACAUUCGACAAGACUUGAUUCAUGCCAGCACCGAAAAGAUUUCUAUUCCACGUACCUUUGUUAAAAAUGUCCUGUUGGAGCAGUCUGGAAUUGAUAUCCUUAACAAAAUUAGUGAAGUAAAGUUGACAGUGGCCUCCUUCCUGUCUGAUCGAAUUGUGGACGAAAUCCUGGAUGCACUGUCACAUUGCCAUCAUAAACUGGCUGACCAUUUCAGCAGACGUGGCAAGACCCUUCCUCAACAAGAAUCCUUAGAGAUUGAGCUGACUGAGGAGAAGCCAGUUAAACGUUCCAUCAUCACAGUGGAGGAGCUAACAGAGAUAGAGCGUUUGGAAGAUCUGGAUACCUGUAUGACUCUCUGCUGUACAAGUAUGACCCCUAAAUCCAAAAGGAAGAGUAUCCAUAGCCGAAUGCUGCGGCCUGUUUCUAGGGCUUUUGAAAUGGAGUUUGAUCUAGAUAAAGCGCUGGAAGAGGUACCAAUUCACAUUGAAGACCCGCCCUUCCCAUCCCUCAGACAGGAGAAGCGGAGCUCGGGAUUUAUCUCUGAGUUGCCCUCUGAAGAGGGGAAGAAGCUGGAACACUUUACCAAGUUAAGGCCAAAAAGGAAUAAGAAGCAGCAACCCACCCAAGCAGCGGUCUGUGCUGCCAACAUAGUCUCCCAAGAUGGUGAACAGAAUGGUCUCAUGGGGAGAGUAGAUGAAGGUGUAGAUGAAUUUUUCACCAAGAAGGUGACCAAAAUGGAUUCCAAGAAAUGGUCAACAAGAGGCUCAGAGUCUCAUGAACUUAAUGAAGGAGGAGAUGAAAAGAAAAAGCGAGAUUCUCGGAAAAGUAGUGGCUUUCUCAACUUAAUCAAAUCCCGGUCCAAAUCUGAGCGGCCACCAACGAUCUUGAUGACAGAAGAACCCUCCUCACCAAAAGGGGCUGUCAAAAGUCCGCCUGUGGACUGUCCCAGGAAGGACACAAAGGCCACCGAGCACAAUGGCAAUUCUGAACGGAUAGAGGAGAUAAAAACACCUGACUCCUUUGAAGAGAGUCAAGGGGAAGAAAUAGGGAAGGUGGAACGGAGUGACAGCAAGAGCAGCCCACAGGGAGGGCGGAGGUAUGGGGUCCAGGUGAUGGGCAGUGGUCUGCUGGCAGAGAUGAAAGCCAAGCAAGAGCAGAGAGCUGCGUGUGCACAGAAGAAGCUUGGGAAUGAUGCCCUAUCCCACGAUUCUUCCAGCCCAGCCUUGAGCAGCGUAGAACGGUUGGAUGGAGGUGGGGCAGUGCCUAAACUGCACCCAGGUCUUCCAGAGAACCGCUUUGGUUUGGGAACACCAGAAAAGAAUACCAAAGCAGAACCCAAAGUGGAAGCAGGUUCCAGGUCUCGGAGCUCAUCCAGCACACCUACAAGCCCGAAGCCCCUCCUGCAGUCCCCCAAACCCAGCCUGGCAGCACGGCCCAUCAUCCCACAGAAACCAAGAACCGCCUCACGGCCUGAUGACAUUCCAGACUCUCCAUCUAGCCCGAAAGUUGCCCUUCUUCCACCUGUCCUGAAAAAAGUUCCUUCAGACAAGGAGAGAGAUGGCCAGAGUAGCCCCCAGCCCAGCCCCAGGACAUUUUCACAGGAAGUAGUGCAAAGAGGAGAUUAUUACAAAAGACAUUCAGAUCAUGACAGUGGCAAGCCUUCCAGUAGAGGGAAAAGAUCUUCAAAACUGUACUCCACCAUUGCAGAAGAGGAAGUGAAUGCAAUUGGGCACAGGAAGUCACAGCCAACAAAUGUUUCAAGGAGAAGCUGGGGCCAGCAGGCCCAGGAGUAUCAAGAACAAAAGCAACGGUCCUCCAGUAAAGAUGGCCGUCAAGGCAGCAAAUCUAGUGACUCUGGAGAAGAAGCAGAAAAAGAGUUUAUUUUUGUGUAAAGGUCACCCACGCAGAAGUCUUUCUGUGCAGGGUGCUUUGGUAGCCAUCAGAGAGGAACCAAGGGCACCACCUCUUCUUCCCAGGCGUUCUUCUCUCGGUGCUUUAUUCUCUUCUUUUUCUUUAUUUCUCCCCCUACCCCCAUCCCCUGCUUUUUUUUUUUUUUUUUUUUUUUUGUAUAGAAACAGAUCCAUUUCUUGGUAAUCAAAUCACAUUUGUUUGGUCUUCCUCCAACCCUUCGCAUUUGAUUUCUGAACAUUCCUUCAUAUGCCUUUAAUGAAAGCCAGCAAUUAUCCCAUGGGCCCUACUUGAAUUUCUCUGAGGCAGCUACAGAUUGCCCUGCAAGAUGAGUUUUUGGAGAUAAAUGAAAUAACUGGACACACACUCACACAAGUAACACCACAGCAAACCUCAGAGUACUGCUGAGUGUACCUGUGUCAAAUCCACACAGGACUCAAUAUAGCAAUUUAUUCUUGAUGUAUGCAAUUGCACAUUGUAAUUAUAUUAACAGAGCACACUAAUAAUUUGUAUAAAUUAUAUAUAUUAGAUCUUGGGUAUGGUUUUUACCUUCUCCCAUGGGGAACUUCUUCCUUCCUGAUGUGGAAUUGUACAUUUAAAGCUUGGUCGGUGACCUUUGCAUACCGUCAACGAGCACAGUUAAGAACAGAGUGAGAGAGGCUUGCGGCUGAUUUUACCAUGUGCCCAGAUUAAUGUAUAUAGUUGAUUGGAAUGAGGUUUUAUGAAUAUUCAUGUUUUUGAAGGCCUUUAAUUUCUGUCUGCAUAUUAGCUUUUAAUGUGUGAUUUUAAGAGAGAAUACUUUGACACCUGUAAAAAUCAAAAUACUACUCUUUAUAAGACAUUUCACAAAUAUUCACUUACAUUACAGGCUGGAAGUAUUUUAUUCAUAUGUAUAUUUAUACCAAUAAAAUGAUUUUACAAGUGGAA